GAUCGUUUCCCCCUUCUGAUAAAAACACUUGCUGAUUACACCCCAGAUGCGGCUCCUUUGGGGGAAAACGAAGGAAGAGGAGAAAAAACGCUGGGUGGAGCCAAGGGGUCGGCAGCAAGGCUUCCAAACUCCCGGGGCCUCUUCCCUUUUCGCUCGCCUGUGUGGCUCCGGGGUCCGCUUCGAAGGCGCGAUGCCCUCGCCGCUUCCCCGGCGCGGUUACCUCCCCGGCGAGUUUUCGCCCCCGGUGGACUCGAGGCCCUGCAGCAGCCCUGCUGAGCUGCCAGGUAGGGCAGGGAAGCUCCUCGUGGGUGGCACUCCUCCCAGGGCCCCGCGGCUACCGCGCCGGCUGGCCUGGUGCUCCAUUGACUGGGAGCAGGUGCGCUUCCUGCAGAGGCUGGGAGCUGGCGGGUUUGGCUCGGUGUACAAGGCCACCUACCACGGCGUUCCGGUGGCCAUAAAGCAAGUGAACAGGUGCACCAAGAACCGACUGGCGUCCCAGCGCAGCUUCUGGGCCGAGCUCAACAUCGCCAGGCUUCGCCACGACAACAUCGUGCGGGUGGUGGCCGCCAGCACGCGCACGCCCGCAGGCUUUAACAGCCUGGGCACCAUAAUCAUGGAGUUCGGUGGCGAUGUCACCUUACACCAAGUCAUAUACGGUGCCCCCAGCUGCCCUGAGGAGGACGCGGAGCCUCGCUGCUGUGCCGGAGAGCAAUUCAAUUUGGGAAAGUGUCUGAAGUAUUCCCUAGAUGUCGUGAACGGCCUGCUUUUCCUUCACUCGCAAAGCAUCGUACACUUGGACCUGAAGCCUGCGAACAUUCUGAUCAGUGAGCAGGACGUCUGCAAAAUCGGCGACUUCGGUUGCUCCGAGAAGCUGGGAGAUCUGCCGUGCUGCCGCGCUCCCCCUUACCCCCCGGGGGGCACCUACACCCACCGAGCCCCAGAGCUCCUGAAAGGAGAGGCCGUAACGCCCAAAGCUGACAUCUAUUCCUUUGCCAUCACUCUCUGGCAAAUGAGUACCAAGGAGGCCCCGUACUCAGGGGAGCGGCAGUACGUGCUCUACGCUGUGGUGGCCUACGAUCUUCGCCCGUCUCUGUCAGCAGCUGUCUUCACAGACUCCGUGUCUGGGAAAAGACUGGGGAAGAUCAUCCAGUGCUGCUGGAGGGCCAGUGCCUUGCAGCGGCCAAGUGCAGAACUCCUCCUGGUCGACCUUAACUCCUUAAGAGCUGAAUUUGGCUGA